AUGAUGUCAGUGCUUCGAGUAGCACUGCUCGGCUUGGCCCUGUUAGCAAGGACCACUGUGGCCUUUCUCUCCGACGGGAGUGGGAUUUCCUCUCAUAUCAACAUUACUGGAACGGCUCUGUUGCAAGAAGUGACCAAGGCUUGCCGAAUAGUUAACAAGGAAGCCGGACAUGAGUUCAAACCCACGGGUUCCUCUGCUGAAGAGCUGGUUCAGGCCUGUCUCGGACCCACAGCGACAGGACAAGUGUCAGGAGCCAAGUUUAGCUCUGCUCUUCAAGAAAUCUACACCCAGAAUGGACUGGUAGACCGUGACUUUGUCAGCAGUGCUCCACACCACUUCAACUCAGAGGCGUUCCUAGAGGGACGUGGCCUAAUCACGGAGGGCAUGGUGGCCAUUAGGGCGAACAUUCGCAAGGAGAACUUCCAGGCUGCCAGAGAAACACUGGGACGCGUCCUUCACACACUACAGGACUUUUACAGCCACAGUAACUGGGUGGAGCUGGGACACACAGAGCCGUACAUCAACCUCAUACGUCCAGAUCUGCCACUUGAAAACCUGGCAGAUGUCCACACUCCGACCUGCAGUGACUGUGAAAAGGGAAAUUGUCCCAACUCUAUCCUCCCCAGCAUCCUACAAGAAAUGAAACUCACAUCAGGCUACUUGGGAGUCUUCUAUGCAUCCAAGCCUCAAGGUAAAUGUAGUCACGGAGGUGCGAGUGACCUGACCAGCAAACAAGUUCCCCGCGGUGGCAUCAACAAAUGUGAGCGACGCUUUGACAACGUGGCCCUCCACAAUACUGCUGUGAAUGUAGCCACAUCUGCAAGCGUCCAGCUACUGGAGAACCUCCGCUUAGCUGUCGGGGAUAAAGAAUUCCUUAGAAUGAUGGGCAUUGCCCGCUCAGCUGUUGUAUGCUUUGUUGUUGACACCACCGGCAGUAUGUCUGAUGACAUCACUGAAGCCAGGGCGGUUGUCAACGAAAUGAUUGACAGCAAAAAAGGAACACAGGAUGAGCCCUCUGAGUACAUCCUGGUGCCCUUCAAUGACCCUGAGUUUGGACCUAUGGUUAGAACAUCAGACCCUGAUAAGAUGAAAAGAGAAAUCGCGAAACUCAGACCACAUGGAGGGGGCGAUGUCCCUGAGAUGUGUCUGUCAGGAAUUCAGUUGGCUCUGACUGGCGCUCCAUCCGGCUCCCACAUCUAUGUUUUCACUGAUGCUGCAGCCAAAGACAUCGAACUCAAGGACACAAUUACUGCCCUCAUCAGGCGCACCAAGUCAACGGUGACAUUCUUCAUGACUGGCUCUGGUAGAAGGCGCCGUCGCUCCACCGCAGGUCAAGCCUUUGAACAAUACAAGAACCUGUCUCUGGCCUCUGGAGGCCAAGCCAUCCUGGUGUCUAAGAAACAGCUGCCCCAGGCCACAGGCAUCAUCCGUGAUACAUCUACGUCAGCUCUGGUAACUAUUCUUCAGAGAGCAGUGAACCCUGGCAAGAAGGAGACCUUCCUCUUCAUGGUGGACGAAUCUAUAAAAAACGUCACCAUCUACAUCACAGAAGCUAAUGUUUUCUCACUGACCAACCCUGCAGGUGUGACUCAGUCCAACUCUGAGGCCAGUGGUAAACUGGGGACAAUCCAGACAGUUGGCAACCUGAGGAGGAUUCGUCUCAAUGAUGACCACCGCGCAGGAAUCUGGAAUGUCCUAAUAGACAGCCUGCAACCAUAUACAGUUAAAAUCACAGGUCAGAGUAUCAUCACGUUUAUCUAUAACUUUGUGGAAAAGUUCGAGGGGCCUCACCCAGGUUAUGCAUUGCUGAGUGGGCGUCCAAAAGCAGGCCAGCCUGCCACCAUGCUGCUGUCAGUAGUGGGAAGGAAAGGACCUUCCUCCUUGACUGUGGGAAACAUUGGCCUGGUAACUCUGUCUGGACUUGAGGCUGUGAACGUCAGCAAAAUGACAGAAAUGGGCAGUGGAGACAUUCUGGUGACUGUUGAUGAGGUCCCUGAGGGGGAGUUUUUGGUCGUUCUGACUGGAAAAGACAAAGAGACAAAAAGUGAAUUCAUGAGGCAGUCCACCACAUCGAUGUCCGUGUCCAAAGUGAACAUCCAGGCUGUGGUGUCCAGCAGCGUGGAGCCAGGAAAACCGUUAGAGCUUCCAUUCAGUGUAAUGACCCAGGGCCCUGGAGGUAUCUUCUCCAUCAUUGCCAAGAAUGACAGAGACUUCCCAAUGGCCUACCCAAGCAGCCUCACCUUGACAACCGGAGGAAACAUCAAUGAUACGUUAACCAUUACGCCACCAGCCCGCACACCAUCAGGCACUGAUGUCACUCUGACUAUAGAGGCCAGAUCAUCCACUGGUGUCGACUCCAAUUAUGUUAUUCUCAGAUUGUCUGUUAUUAACAAGAUUACAGAUUUUGUUCCACCUGUGUGUGAAGAGGUUGAGGUGCUCGCUAAUGACUGCCCAGAAGAUGUGUCUGACUGUGGAUCUUUCCAUUGGGAGUACUCUGCCAACAUUACUGACGGAAAUGGCACUGGGAUAGAUAGCAUAUCCCUGCGAAAGGGUAAUGGAACCCUAACACAUACCCCCCUGGAUACUACCAUCAUCCAAGCAAAAUACAAUGCCUCCUGCUGCUCACAGAUCGUUGAGUUCAUAGCUGUAGAUGACGUUGGCAAUGUGGGGAAGUGCUAUCACUCAAUUGUUCGUUCUGGUGGCCCGCCUGCUUCAACUUUCUCACUGUCACUGUGGUUUUGUCUGCUUGUUUCUGCCUUUAUAGUGAGACCCUAA